AUGACAGCCGCAUCAGACUUGCCAGUCGAGCCUCAGUAUGAACCGGCACCUGCUGACUCUAUGUCUGAAGGCGAAGCCGCCGCUGCAGUAACGCUUGCUUCCAUUGAACAGCAGACGACGCCACCUGAAACGGGCGAAUUGCUUGGUCGCAUGGCCUUAGAAAUCAGCCAGGCCUUCCAGUCAUCUCUUGUUCAGGUUGUAUCGGACAUUGGACGUGAGUAUGGUGUCGAAACGGGCAAAAUUGCUUGGAUGGAGAAAGGCGGGGCCGUAGGUGCAAUAGCCAGCGAGCAGCUGCACGGAAAGGAGCACAGCGACGACAGUGAGCUCAGUAACGACAUGCAUCGUAUCUUACGCGAGCUUCAAUUGUCGCGGUUGCAAGUGCAUGAGCUGCAACAAGUUGUGGAUGAAUUGCGUGACGAGCAAAGACUGGCAAUACAGCGCAUAGCGCUCUUUCGUUCUCUAUCGACCAAGCUUAAACGCGAGCUUGUCGGCGAACGUCUGGCGCUUCUUGACGCUGAAACUAAAAUAAAAGAACUGCGACGUAGACACAGCGGAGAUGACUCGGGAUCGGGUGGUGGCCGCUCUCCACCCUCCCCGUCUUUACAGGAACAACGUGACAACCUGUGGAGCUCGCCGAACAAACCCAUGACUGGCGCCAUUAGCGGUGCGGGUGGAUCCGGUGCAUCCGGUCAAGCUUCAACUGGAUCUAGUCUCAUGGCAUUUAACUUUUUUCCUUCCAGAGGUGAUGGUGGUCAAAAUUGUGAUGAUGACGAGCCUCCAUCGCCGUCUUCGAGUACGCAGACUCUUCGCAACGCGCUGCUGGGUCAGUAUCUGCCUUCAUCAUUACUAGAUUCACCUCAAAUCACGCCUAAGCACGCUCGAUCGUUUGCUGGAACCAUUUUGAGCGAAGAAAAGGCACCACCUCUUCCUAAAUUCAAGGGCGAUAUGGAACCGCUGUCACUUGCUACAUCAUCAUUCGCUGAGCACAUAUCUGGCUCGAGUAUUGAGGCAGGAAGAUUCGAACUUGGAGACGGGCGAACAGAGACAACCCAAGCUGAAGGUGAAAGAAACUUAGCAGUAUCACCCAUUCAACUUUCUGUGUUAUCGGAACUUUUUGAUGGCAUUUCAGCUGAAGAAUUAGAAUCAAUCUUGCGCCGAUUCAAUGGACAAGAAUCCGCAGCCAUCGACCACAUUUUACACACGCAUCCAAGUUUUAAUCCAGUCAUUGAGCAUGGAGGUAGAGUAGAAAGUGGUGGCAGUAUGGCCUCGAUGAUUUCAUUAUCGCCGUCUCACUCAACCAUGAUGGGGCACAGCAAGACAAGCUUGCAUCGUAGCAGCAGUCAAAGUGGACCGAGUGGACCUCCACCAGGUACUUCCAGUAACUGGAAGACAGAGAUUUGCAUGUACUAUAUGCAAGGGAAAUGUAAUAAGACGCGACGUACGUGCUCGUUUGCUCAUGGAGAAGGUGAUUUAGUGCGCUCUAGCAGCUCGAGUAACACAGGCGGUAGUAGUAAACAUGGUCCAAACUACAAGACUCGACUUUGUCAAGCAUACGAGACUGGUUUAUGUAUAAAAUCUCGUCGCGAUUGCCCCAUGGCUCAUGGUGUCAAUGAUCUGCGCGAUAGUGGUCCAGCUCCCAGCAGUUCUGGGAACCAAUCGACUUUGCAAACGACAACCCCAAGACUGCAAAGUUACAAGACUGAGUUGUGUUAUUACUUUUUGAAGGGCAAUUGCAACUACUCGAAAGACGAGUGCAGAUUUGCACACGGACAAAACGACUUGCGCACAGUGGAGAGCAAUACCGCACAUAUGGUUACUGCAGCGGCUUCUGGGUAUAAUGGCGAGUACUCGACUUCGCCUUUACCACCUCCACCCUUAAUAGAGAAGCAACUGCAAUUGCAACAUCAAUACCAGCAGCAGUAUCAUCAGCAUCAUCAUUCCUUGGUGAUUUCGCAGCAGCCACACGACCCGUACCCGCCACAGCCCCCUCCAGCCCCGCCGCAACAAAAUUUUGUGUCUCAACAUCACCAACUUCAGAUGCAGCAUCCACCACGUGGGUCUAGUGGCCAGUAUGGGUACCAACAUCAGCAAUAUGACAUUGUUCAACAGCAGCAAAACCCUUAUAUGCCAUCUCCUGGUCAGUUUCGCUAUCUGAAGAAUAUGGAAGAAAAAAGGUCGACAUCUGGUGUGCGUCCACCACCGCGACGAGAUUCUGGAUCGUCUUGGAGUAGUUUUGAUGCAUCGGGUCUGCCACCGUCAGAAUUUUAA